UCAAUCAGAUCCUAUAGGGUCACUAUAGGUUAUUGGUUCAAUUGACUCUAGAAUCGAUUCGGUUUCAGUUCCAAUCUUUCAUUUAAAAAAUCCGAUUCAAAAAAAUGAUUAAUCCCAUCGAGUUCCUGGCUAAUUCAAUCAGCAGUCAAACAGCAUGUGAGUAGCAUGAUAAUAAAAAGCAGUAUCUCUUGAGAUUUCUAUAGUUUGUCUAAGUUGCCGCCCAUUUAAAGCCAAAGUGCAUCGCGAGAGUGAGGAAGUGACAGGCUGUUUGCAUAUGAGGCGAGCAGCUGCUGGGAUCCGGUUAGUCUGAUUUAAUGGCUAAAGUGGAGAUCGCCCCUUUGAGAAGCUGGGAUGAUUUCUACCCAGGCUCAGAGCGCUUCGCCAGACCAGACACGCGAGAUCUGGCGAAAUGGAACAACAGAGUGGUCAGCAACCUCCUGUACUAUCAAACAAACUAUCUGGUACUGGCAAUCAUUGUAUUCCUGGUUGUAGGGUUCUUGAACCCUGUGAGCAUGUUCACCGGUGCAGCAGUGGUCGCUUCUGUCUUCAUUGGCUCUGUAUGGGCAGGGGAGAACAAGGCGGUCAUCAAAACAUUCAAGAACGAGAACCCUGCUUUGUUUGUAUUUCUGGUGAUGGUCGUGAGCUAUUUCCUCAUGUCGCUUUUUGGUGGAGUUAUGGUGUUCCUGCUUGGAAUCAAGCUACCUCUUAUCUUGAUCUUUGUACAUGCAUCGCUUCGCCUACGGAACAUGAAAAACAAACUGGAGAAUAAGAUGGAGAGUGCUGGACUCAAGAAAUCACCUAUGGGAAUCAUACUUGAAGCACUGGGUCAACAAGAAGAGAACUUCAAUCAAAUUCAAGACUUUCUGGAGAGUAAACUCAAGGAGUGAACUCUUUCGACCGUGCCUUACUGAGCUUCUCACCAAGACAUGAAGGAACCGCUUUCCGCUGGCACAAUUUGUGAAAUUCACUCCGUUUCUUCCAACAUCUUUCACUCGCAAAACAAAAAGUAUUUUUCUCAGUGUGUUUUUUUUUUCUAUAAUGGAGUGAAUAAUUGUAUUGAAAGUAAGAGUGUUUUAUGUUUGUUUACAUCUCAGGUCAAAUGUAAGAGGAUGCAAUUCAAAACGUCUUCCAAAGAUUUUUUUCUAUAAUCUAUAGGGAAACGUGUCAUAUGUGCAUAUUUCAAGUGUUAGUAUUCUUCUCUCCCAAAAUGCAUUCAUUCAUAUAUUAAGA